AUGAAUGGAAAAAAGGGUAGUAAUAUUGAGAUUAGCAUCAACAUCCCUUCUUCCAUGGCCAAAGUCAAACAGCUUGACCAAGCUGGCAAGAAAUCCAGCAAUGGAGGAGGAGGAGGUUUCUCCCUUAAGGCUUGGGUGUUGAAAGUUUGGGAAUUUUCCAAAGAAGAUAGCAACAGAGUGAAGUUCUCUUUGAAAGUAGGGCUGGCUGUGCUUCUUGUGUCUUUGCUUAUACUCUUCCGAGCACCUUAUGAAGUUUUUGGCACCAAUAUCAUUUGGUCCAUUCUCACUGUUGCCAUCAUGUUCGAAUAUACAGUUGGUGCAACAUUUAACAGAGGUUUCAACCGAGCUCUUGGGAGUUUGCUUGCUGGAAUAUUGGCCAUUGGUGUUGCUCAAAUAGCCCUAAGCUCUGGCCAUGUAGCUGAACCCAUCAUCAUCGGCAUUAGCAUCUUCAUAAUUGGAACAAUUACAUCGUUCAUGAAACUGUGGCCAUCACUUGUGCCAUAUGAGUACGGUUUUAGGGUCGUACUUUUCACCUUUUGUUUGAUUGUGGUUUCCGGGUACCGAAUAUCAAUGGGAAAUCCAAUGAGGACCGCCAUGGAUCGACUCUACUCCAUCGCCAUCGGAGGGUUUGUAGCAGUCUUGGUGAAUGUGCUUGUUUGCCCUAUUUGGGCUGGUGAGCAGUUGCAUAAGGAGCUAGUCAACAGCUUUGACUCAGUAGCUGCCUCACUUGAAGAAUGUGUUGGGAAAUAUUUAGAAGAUGAUGGGUCAGAGCACCCUGAAUUCUCCAAAACUGUCAUGGAUGAGUUUCCAGAUGAGCCUGCUUAUAGGAAAUGCCGAAGCACAUUGAACUCGUCAGCAAAACUAGAGGCUUUGGCUGUCUCGGCAAAGUGGGAGCCACCUCACGGCAGAUUCAGGCACUUCUUCUAUCCCUGGUCAGAAUAUGUCAAGGUGGCAGCUGUUUUAAGAUAUUGUGCUUAUGAGGUUAUGGCUCUUCAUGGUGUUUUGCACUCUGAGAUUCAGGCACCGUACAACCUCCGGAUUACGUUCCAGUCGGAGAUCCGGGAGGCCACAAGCCAGGCUGCAGAGCUGGUAAGGAGUUUGGGGCAGGACAUAAGCAGCAUGAAAAGGAGCGCCAGAAACUCUCUGCUCAAGAAGGUUCACAGUUCCACAGAGCGGCUCCAGCGUGCCAUAGACGUACACUCUUAUCUCCUCACAUCCACUUGUGAACCCCAAGACACCGCCAACUUCUCCAAGCCACUCCCCAGGCUCUCUCAGACCUUAACAAACACCUUCUCCGACCUCCCGAACCAACUGACUGAUCUCGACAGCAGCAACAGCCUCGAAACGAACUUGAGCCAGCAGCUGAACCCAAGCACACCGCAGCAGACGGAAUCUAACUACCAUGAGCUGAUGAGGAAGCAGUCGAGGAGGCUGCAUUAUUCGUGGCCACCGCUACAGGUUGAUGCUUUUGAAGAGGAGGGUUCUGCAGGGGACUUCCUGCCUAGGAUGAAGGCAUUGGAAAGCACUGCAGCAUUGUCACUGGCCACCUUCACUUCCUUGCUGAUAGAGUUUGUGGCUAGGCUUGAUCACUUGGUUGAGGCAGUUGAUGAGCUUUCUAAACUGGCCAAGUUCUGACACGGCAUGCGUGAGCACUUGUACACGAGAAAAUGUCCACUACUUGUACAAGAUCUUAUAUGAAA